UUGUGUUCUCAUUAGAAGGCCAUGUUGAAAGCCACUCAAAUUCGAAAAGAACCACCUUGGCUUGUUUCAUCGCCAGGAAGGCCAUGGCUUUUCUUCUCCACAACCUCCCUGCUUCACUCCUUCCCCAUUCUAGAUGUAAAGAAACACCAUUUCACCAGAACCGUUCUCCUUCAAAACCCUCUUCUCUCUCUCCUCUUCCGUCAAUCUCGUCAUCUCCUCUGACCAUUCUCCAAAAUCCCACUUCACAGGUUGCGCAGGUCGACAUUCCUCCUGUUGCUCAAGACGAUAAGCACCACAAAGACGACUUCUUUCUCAACCUCGGCCUUGCUGUCCGUACCCUCCGUGAAGACCUCCCUUCACUCUUCAUCAAAGAUCUCAAUUUUGACAUUUACAGGGAUGACAUAACAUUCAUGGACCCUCUGAGCACGUUUACUGGAAUUGAGAAGUACAAAUUGAUCUUCUGGGCAUUGCGGUUUCAUGGGAAAAUGUUGUUCCGUGAGAUUGCCCUGGAUGUUCAUCGGAUGUGGCAGCCUUCAGAGAAUGAGAUUCUGAUAAGGUGGAACCUGAGAGGAAUCCCUAGAGUUCCCUGGGAAACCAAAGGAGAAUUCCAAGGAACUUCACGGUAUAAACUGGACAGAAAUGGCAAAAUAUAUGAGCACAAAGUGGAUAAUCUAGCAUUCAAUUUCCCAAGAACUGUGAAACCAGUUUCAGUUCUUGAUUUUGUUACUGCCUGCCCAGCAAGUCCCAAUCCUACAUUCUUAACAGCUCCUGUAGAUGCCUACUCUUCCUGGAUAGAGCUAUACCGUGUAGUCAGAGAGACAUUACAUCAAGAAGAUAUUCUGUUACCACAAGAUGGUCUGGCCUUAUAUUCAUAGCUACUAACAAUGACGUACUGCUACUUCCAAAAUGAAAUAAUACUUUUUUUUGUGAUGUUAAUAUCAUGUAAUGUGAGACUACUGCUUAUUGAGCUGUUUCUCAGACAAUUUGUACAAUGCCAAUCCUACAGGUUAGAUGUAGCUAAUUUGGUCAAUAGCAGGUAAGGGGUUAUGUUGAAGGGGACAAGAGUAUGUAUAGUUGAGCAGGGAUGAUGCUGAAGAGUUCUACCAUGUUCUUGGAGGAAAAUGAGCCUUGACAUGUGUUUAUAGAGCUGUUAUAGAUUAUGUGUUUGUAUAUAUACAAUAAUCUGUGAAGUUCAUCCGAGUACUUGGUUUUGAUUA